GCUGAUUUUUGUCAAGCCGCAGACGCAAAUGUUCUCCUGUCAAUUUUACUCCAUCGCCGAGGAAUUCUGGCCAUUUUUGCGAUUUCUAUAAUCUACAGACGUAUCCUUGUGCAUUGUAACAUAGAUUUAUGAAAGAUGGGGGUAGAAGGCAGCAAGAAUAUCAUCAUACGAAAGGAGUACUUUACUAAGGAAGAGCGACAGCGUGUUCUAAACACUAUGCAAAAGCUUGCUAAAGGAGGUGAUGCUGUGGCUCUUACUUCAUUAGAGAAACAUAUCUCCAGUCGACUGAAUCCAGAAACAGCCAAAAAGUUUUUAAGGAUUUUGGCCAAAGGCAGAAAUAUUCCAUCCUUACCAUGUUCAACAGUUGUGGAUACCUUAGGUCCUCUUCUGAAAGGCUCAAUGGAAGAACACCUUUUUCUGACCCUCACCUUAGCUGGUGGAGGCCAAGAAGGAAUAGAUAGUAAUCGUAUUAUUAAAUAUACUGAAGUUUUUGUGUCUUCAUACCUUCGAAUCAUAACUGGCCAAUCAGGCUACAGAGGGUGGAAAUCUGGGCCUACAGACACUGUGAAACGUGUGUCUCAAGCCUUGUUACAUGAUUUACUGUACUCUGGUGGGAGUCCUAAAGAGACAUGGGGCAAACCACCUCCCAAGGUACGGUUCUCUUACGAUGACUUUGAGAGAUGGUGUUUGGGUCACUCGGUCUUCACCACACUGGAGACAGAAGUUCUCAAACAUUGCUUCUCAUUCUCACCCAUUGACCACACAGCGCUCAUGCCACAAGCCUCUCAACUUCCUUCGACAUUUCCAUCCAUGCUGUCAGCGGGUCAAGUACUGUACCUGAACAAUGCCCUGCCACCACUCCUACAGUCAGAGUGGAGAUUCCUCUUUUCUACAACUACACAUGGAUGGAGCUUCAGUAUAUUUAUGAAGCAGAUUGUUGCAAAAGGUCCCACACUCAUAGUUGUGGAGGACCAGUCGAGAAAUAAAUUUGGAGGUUUCGCGUCAGUCUCCUGGGAAGUCAGGCCUCAGUUCCAGGGUACACCAGAAUGCUUCUUGUUUGCCCUGGAGCCUCAGGCUGGGAUAUUCCGCAGCACAGGAUACAAUAGCAACUUUAUGUACCUCAACUACUUGGAGAAGAAUACUAUGCCUAAUGGACUGGGCAUGGGCGGCCGAGAGGAGUUAUUUGGAUUUUGGCUUGACUAUGACUUUGGUAAAGGGACGGUGGCGCCCUCAUGUAGCACGUUCUGCAGCCCCCCGCUGUCCCCACACCCGGAGUUAGAAGUGCGUAGUGUAGAAGUCUGGGCACUUGGACCUGAGGAGGAAGACUCUGAUGAAGAGGAGGGAACUCGAAAAAAGAAAAGUGCUUUGGAUGCAAAUCCUGAUGCUCGUGCUGUGCUGGACAUGGUGGGCAAAGGAAGAGCAAGUGAUGGCUACAGGGAAGAGCCACAAGAGUAGAAGCACAUAAAAUAAUUUUAUGUAGAGGAAUGAUAUUAGAACAAAAAUAAGAAGGUAAUUUGUAGGAAAUAGAAUUUUGAUAAAUUUCUUAUCUCAGGAGCAGCUUAAAACUCUUAGACUUGGGAUCUAAUAUAAACAAGAGUUGUUUUAUAGUUUGGAUUUGCUAAAGUUUUAUUGCUGUUCUUUAACUGAGUCCUUGAGUUGGUAGCCAACCUGUCCCAGAGUAGGAUGCCAGGAAAUUUUGAUGGUGGUACAGUACUGUACAGUAUAUGGUGUACAUGAUACAGAAUGAAUAAAACUUUAAAUUCCAUGUGAAAAUUUUUUUUAAGUAUAUUCUUCUUGAUUAUGAUUUCUGGGCAUAGUUUUCCACAUGUCCAAGGAUCAAAUAAUUUUGAGAUUCACUUGAAAUAAUUGAUGAAGAAUUCUGCCAUUUGUUGCAUUAAAUAAGUAAAGUAUAAACCAACUAAAUAAUACCAAGAAGACGUAGAUUUUCUGUAAAAAAAUGGAGGGUUACAUUUGCCCAGUACCAUAGUAAUGUCAUGAUGAGUAUCAGGUAUAGUAGAGUAGCAAUAGGAAUACAGUAAAUGCUUCAAAAAUUUAUGGUAAACAGUGAUAUUUGUGAGAAUUUAUGAUGCUAAUGAAACAUGCACAAGAGCCCUACAUAUUCUGGUAGGAAGUUUUAUGUAGUUAAAAAAUUCCAUUUAUAAAUUAAUUAUUCAAUAUUAAAUAUGGAAUAUUCAGUUAUAAACUCAUGCUUCUUGUUAUGCAUCAUGGUUACUUUCCCCCACUCAGUGCAGAGAGGCAUUGAAUGUCUCAUAUAUUUGCUUAGUACGGUACCUGUAUUUCUGCACAUGGUCGAGCUGUGGCAUGAGUGAUGUUCUUACUGAUUGUUUGCAUUUAGAUGAAUACUUAAGGAAAUAAUUAAAUGAAGGCAGGAAAAGGAAAAACUAAAUAGAAGGGAUAACCAAAUGAGAAAAAUGAGGAAUAAUAUAUUGAAGCAUUGAGUGGAGUUGAAGGUAAUGUAGUGGUCCUUCUAGCACUUUGAUUAUUAACAGUGUGAAGAGAUGUCACUGGGGAAAAUAACAAACCAGCAAUAUUUCAUAUAGCAACACAUCCAUGGGUGAGUGGGUUCCUUUGAUUUAUGCCCCAGAAUGCUCAUUUUUACAAAUUUGUAUUUUUGGGAAAAUUUUUCAAAGCAUCAUGACCUAUUAAUUUGUUAGUCUGCUUACAGUAUAUAUAAUUAACCUUAAUAGUUAAAAGGUUUAACCUGUUGCGUAUAAAACUCCAAAUGAGAUCUCUGAAGGUUAGGUUAGGUCAAGAUCAGUCAUAGGUCAUGGUAAUAGGAUAGAGCAUACGUAGUAAAGCAGCUACUUGAAUAUAGAGGAUCAGAUGUGCAUGCCUUUUCCUCUAGGUCUAGGACAAACCAGCUUCCUGUCACUUUUGAGCAGCUGUGCAGUAGGAACAUGCCAGUCAUGUGUCUGCAGGUCAUUUUGGCUGAGGAGGAUCAAAUAGGAUCAUUUAAAUGGCUACAAGCUGCUUUCAGUGUGGAGUAUCACAAGAGAUGACAGUCUAUGCAUUAAUAGAAGUUGUGACUAUGUGUCAUGGGCAUUUUAUUCCAGCAGAUGGCAUAUGAAAGUAAGCUUUGGUAAGAUUUAUAGUCAUGAAAGCUAGAAGAUAAUGAAGUCUUUGUUUUAAUCAUAAGUAUCAUUAUGAACCAAAAACUUUUAAGUAGUUUUGGAUUUUUGUGUGUUUAGUGUUAUUAGUAUGGGAUAUGUUUUCUCUUUGCUACAGAUAGAGGUAAAUUAGAUGUUAAGAGUCAAGUUCAUCAAGUUGUUAUGAAGCGGUCCAUUUGAAAGUUUCCCGUAGUAGAUCCCUCCAGCUGUUUUAUAGUGUUUUUAUCUGGGUUGAGUGUUAGCAUUACAAGAUUAAUCUAGAAAUUCAUCUCUGUAAGCAUGGGUGUCACUUGCGGUUUCAAUGUGGAAGGGACACAAGCACACACAUGAACCAGAAUGAUUGGAGUUAUUCUGAAUUAGGAAUAAUAUGGGUUUUUAUUAUUACGUGCACAAUACAGUGAGGACCUGAUGGAUCAUAAGUUAUGGUUCUGUGUGCUCCAUAAAACAACCAAUUACAUAUGACAUUGUGCUGAACUCAUGAGCGAUCAGGUUUUUUCUGUACAGUACAUUUUAAAGCUGCCCCAAAUUCAUUAACAGAUGGUUUUGAUCUGUAAGUGAAAAUGUGUGUUACAUAUAAUAAUUGUGUCUUUAUAUUAAAUAAUUGCUGUGUUAUCCUUGGUAACAUAGCUAUAUGACCAUGUAUAAAUACUGUACAAGCAGAAAAGUAGAAAGAUUUGCAAAAUUUUGUUAACCUUCCACAGGAAGUGGGGAAGACAUCCCCCAUCCCCAGUGAUUGAUGCCCAUGUAAGUAAUAUUAAGAAAGUGUAUGGUUGGUGGUACAGUAGCUAGAGUAGAACUGUAACAAACUGUUUUAUAUGUAGUGUAACCUAGAGUAGUAGUUUGGUUACUAACACAGAUCUUCGCAUUUAUAUCGAAUCUUGUAUUCUUAGAUCUUAUUUAUACUGUAACCUUGUAUUUAUUUUAAGGAAAAUACUGUAAAUAGGAUAUAAUUUUAUAGAAAAUGGUUUACUAAUUAAUUGCAAUGAUGUUGAAUUUAUAAGAAAUUACAUUAUAUGGGACCAGCAGUGAUACAGUAGUAUUUGAUUAUUUCUAUGAUAUACGUAUACAUUUUAUUACCUUAAUACAAGUCAUGAUGUGUUCAUUCAUAGUCCUGCCAAAGUCCUUUACUGACUGGCUACCAGUUCUGAAUGAUUGCUGCUCCACAAGUAUAGGCAAUGAGAUUAUAAAGGUUUUAGUCUCUUUUUAAUUACUUAUAGAAGACAAGGAAAAGCUAAAAUGCUGAUGCUGAAAGCUAUUUGUUGAGUUUUAGAUUAAUAUAUGGGAUGAAUUAAAGACUAAAUUGUAAUACUCAGAACUCGUUUAUAGUGUUGUAUUAGUGUUGUUCGUGUACACCUCAUUUUUGGGUAGUAUUUUGCUGUCGGUCAAUCUUAUCGGAUUGUAUUCAUGUUUUUCUUGUAUACAUUACUUAUUUGUUGUUUGCUGUUAGCCAUCAUUAACAUAUAAUGGUAAUGGAAGAGUUCUGUAUGACCGUAGGUGCGCGCGUGGGUGUAUGUGUGGGCGUGUGAUUCAUUGGUAAGUGCGAGAAAGGAUGAAUUUUGUGUCAUUGCAAAUUAUAAAGGACCUGGUGAUCUUUUAUGCUCCAUUUACAUUAUUAGUGCAAAUGAAACAAUAAUGUAAAUCUCAUUCUCAUUCUAGAUCGUCAAAAAUUACUUAAACAUUUUUUUGCCAAAAUUGUCUAGUCACUCAGUUGUAUCCUUCAGUACACAUCUUCCCCAGUUGUUUACGAAGACUCUUUAAGAAUUUUUGCAUUUUUUUCUUAGUUAACUUCUCACUUCUCUACCAUCCAAGUUUAGAGGAGUCUACCCCAUCCUCUUACACCCAGUUGUUUCAUUCAGAUAUCCUAUUUCAUUCAUUUAGUUUAUUUUUAUACAUGUAUCCUUAUCGUAGUUCAGUAAAUCUUUUAAACUUUCUUGUAAUAUCACCACUUUCAAAUAAUUAUAUCUUAGUCUUUUCCAUCUGAAUACUCAUCCAUCCAUUUCACUCCCACAGUUUACAAUCAUUCAAGUGAGUUGCAGUGACAAAUGCUCUCAUCAUACCAUCAGCAGUUGUCAAAUAUUUUUUAGCACAAUUUGGUCCUUUCCCCUGUCUGUCUGUCUCUCUUUCUCUCAUCCCAUAGUAAUGUCCUAGAAAUGCUUCCACAUUCCAUAUGUAAAUUAAAAUUGGAUCACAUCAAGAUUAGGCAUCCCAGCAUAAUUUUGCUUAUGAAUAAACACCCAAACACUAAUCUACCCUGACCCAACCCACCAGGUAACGUUAGGGUGUUCAGCCAUCAGGGGUACUUAAUGUUCAAAUGAUCCUUAUACUGUACUGUAAUAUGCUUAUUUAUAAAGGCAUUAUCAGUACUGUACAUGGAGACUCAUAUUCUCAAACUCCUUCACGAAGUUUACACAAAGGGGAGUAGCUUGGAUAUAGGAGAAGAUAAAAAUGAAGGUGAAAACAGGAAAUAGUGUACAAUGGAGAAAUGAGAAAUCAUAAUAUUUGUGGUUUAGUUUUGAAGUUAUUAAAAUGUGUUAUACUAUUAUUUGCUUGUAGGAUGUGGGUCAUAGUGUAAAUAUAGCCAUAGAAUAGAUCAAUCUCUGGACAGGAAAGACAAAACCUAUAUUUCCUCCAUGCUAGAGCUUACAUAUUUGACAGAGGUCAUUUGACAUGCGGCUUCUACUCGAAAUGACAAUUCUGUUUUUCUAAUACAUAUACAGGUAGUCUUCAUUUAUUGCAAGGUUUCUGAUUCUGAAAACUCUUGCAAUGUGCAAAACAAUUUUUUACGUAAGAAACUAUGAGCAGUAUUAAACGGGAUACUUUUCUAGCCAGUAAUUUAGAUACAGUACUUUUGUGUGUGUGUGUGUGUGUGUACAAAAACACUUAUACAUCAAUAAAAAACAAACAAACAUGAAAUACUGUACAUAUAAAUAUACAGGAAUGUAUAAACUGUAACGUAAAAUACCAAUAAGAGGUGUGUGUUUUGCCCCCCUCCCCAUGACUACAGUACCUGUCAACUGUGUCACCUUAACCAGAUUCAUGUCCCUUAAUAAUGUCUAAUUUCACUUCUAAAAUGACAUGCUUGUUGUGGCAAUACUUUUUGCAAUCUUUAUGCAUGAUUUGGGGAUGUUUCUAAGUAAGUAAUUGCUUACAUACAGUAGUUUACAGUACAUAAACAACUGUAGCUUCACAAAUAUUAGACUUAAUACAAUGGGCAUUCCAGCAGCCAGUGUCUUCUAUGUCACAUAACAGAGGAUGAACAGUAGAGUGAAAUUGUGUGUGCUCGUCUAGGAGUUUCCUGUUGGUUUUUCCUCAGUAAGAAAUACUACACUACACUGUACUGUAAUUCACAUCUGCAGUUUUAAAUUGUUUCCUUAGUACUUGUGAAAAAAUUUAUAUCAUUGGUACAGUGUAAUUGAAUGUUUUAGUUAUAAAAUUAAAUUGUGAUAAAUUGAACUUACAGUACAAUAUCUGCAGAUUUGCAAUAAAUGAGGAAUACUGUACCUGUAUGAAUAGCAAAGACAGUUCUCUAUAAUACUGAAUUAGUUAAAAAUCCACCAAAAAUAUACUGUAAGCACUGUACAUUAAGACCCAAUUGAAACCUGAAUAAAAUGGACCUAAUUUGG